AUGAAUUAUCCUCGUGUUCUAUAGAAUCCUUAAUUUAUACCUAAACCAAAACCUAAAGAAUACGAUGAUAAUCUUGAUUUUCUAUAUUAAAAACGUAAGAAAGUAUUAUAAUCAUAAGAUUAAAUUAGGAAUAAUAAAAUAAUCAACUAAUUAAACUAUUUACAAAUUAUCAAUUAAAUAAAGAAUCUAUAAUUACAGAAGAUAUGUGUACCUCCUCCAGGAUUUAAAAAGACUCUUAAAUAAUUAACUACUGCUAAACCUGAAUCUAAAGCAUUAAUAUAUAAUUAAACUUAUAAAGAUUAUGAUCCAUAGAUUUAUUAUCUGAUUUAAUAUCACGUUCUAAAUAAGAAAUGGAAUAUUUAGAUUUAUAAAAAAGAUAUUAAUGAUUCAGUAAUAUCUGCAACAUCUUUUUGUUCAAAUAUUCAUACUCUCAUUCUCUCUGGAUCUACUAAUGUUAGUGAUUCUUCAGUUGGUAGAUUAAGUUCUUUACAUAAAUUAAAAUAACUUAAAUUAGGUGAUAAUACUUAAAUUUAUAUUGCUUAAUCAUGUAGUAAACUUGAAAUGCUUAAACUAAAUAAUUGUACUAAAUUAGGAGAAUAAGGAUUAGAAGAAAUACUUUAAGUAUUAUUCUAUAUUUAUAUUAUCUUUAUUUAAGUAUUAUCAAUUCUUUAAGUUAUUUCAAUUAAUUUUACUCCUGAAAUAUCUGAUACAUUUUUAUAAGAAAAAAGAAAUGAAUAUCCUAAAGUUAAUAUUAUUCGUACUAUCAAUAAAAUGACUGAUCCUAAAGAUGAUGGAUUAAGAAUGCCACUUCCCUUAGAAAGUGUUGUUAUGUAAAGACCCAAAAAAAAAAAAGAAAAAGUGA